AUGGAGGCGGAAGAUGUUAUAAUUUGGCGUAAAGAAUACAAGAUCGGUCAAGGCCUUUACGCGUACAAAGUGUACGGUCGAUACCCGGAAGUGAACGCGCGCGAUUUCGCCGCAGUACAACUGGACGGUGCGUACCGCCGGGCGUGGGACGCUGCAGUCGCUGCACUAGCCGUGGUGCAGCGUUCCGCGAACGGAGUGCAAGGACAGACCGUUCUACAUUGGGAGGUCUUGUGGCCGAGACUCUUUGCGAACCGAGACUACGUAUACAUCAGACGGCACAAGGAGUUCGACGUCCACAACGAACCCCUCACACGAACCGACAAAGCCAAUGUCGACAGCCCUAAGUUAAACCCCAACGAAAUGACAAGCGUACACGCGAAAGCGAAACGGAAAGCUAUGGAGAACUACGAGAGGGAAAGAGAGGACAGUAGGAGGGAGUUCGUCGACAAUAAAGUGUAUAUAAUAGUGUCGAGGUCUUGCGAGCAUCCAGACGUCCCGGAGACGAAGCACGCUAUACGAGUGGUGGAGUAUUGGAGUCAUAUAGUGGUGAAGACUCUCGAGGGAGCUGAUAAGGUGGCGUAUUCGUUAAUUGGUAUCAACGGUGUGAUGAUGUAA